AUGGCGAACAACAGCCGGUUGCUCGCACCCUCUAUAACCAUAGACACACAUUAUGACAACACUGCGUCAUCUUCAUCCGACCCUAUCAGCCCCCUAAGCCCUACUGCUGCACAAGAACUCUCUCCAGACAGACCCUCCUCAUCUAAUGAUGCAAACUCGUUUCUCUUCCCGCGAAGUCCAAUCUCCUUCGAUGGGGAGACCCUUCGAUCAAGGGCAAACUCAGUCAACUCAAACGUAGAUACCCUUCGAUCGCGAUCCGGCUCGACAGUUAAACCGCACGGCAGAUUAGAUGGUGCGGACUAUGAUGAUGUUCCACUAUCAGAUGCCUUAAAGGCAGACGAGCGCAAUAAACAAGAUUUUGAGGUCGAGAACAACCCAUUCGCAUUUUCGCCCGGCCAGCUGAACAAACUUUUAAACCCGAAGUCAUUAGCCGCCUUCAAAGCCCUGGGUGGAUUGAAGGGACUCGAGAAAGGCUUGAGGACCGAUUUAACUGCUGGUCUAUCACUCGACGAGUCACACCUGGAAGGCACUGUUAGUUUUGAGGAUGCUAUACAAAGCGGCUCAACUAAACUCCAAGACUCUGCUGCCUCAACCCCUCAGCCGUCGACAUCUAGUGGCGGAGCCCAGUUUACAGACCGCAUACGUGUCUUUGACCGCAAUAAGUUACCUGAACGGAAAAGCGACAGCUUCUUCGUAUUGCUAUGGAGAGCUUAUAACGAUAAGAUCAUCAUCCUACUCACCGUUGCUGCCGUUGUUUCGCUUUCCCUUGGCCUCUAUGAAACGUUCAGUGGCGGGAGCAAGGUGGACUGGGUUGAGGGCGUCGCAAUCUGCGUCGCUAUUCUUAUUGUCACCAUCGUUACUGCAGUUAAUGACUGGCAGAAGGAAAGACAGUUUGUCAAGUUAAACAAGAAGAAAAAUGACCGUGAGGUUAAAGCUAUCCGUUCAGGAAAGUCUAUUAUGAUUUCCAUUUUUGACAUCACUGUGGGAGACAUUCUUCACCUUGAACCCGGUGAUGCUAUUCCUGCAGAUGGAAUUUUUCUUUCUGGCCAUGGUGUGAGAUGCGAUGAGUCCUCUGCCACUGGAGAGUCAGAUCAGAUGAAGAAGACUGAUGGGCAUGAAGUUUGGGACCGAAUCAACAAUGGGACCGCUACGAAGAAACUCGAUCCCUUUAUUAUCUCUGGCAGCAAAGUCCUCGAAGGUGUUGGGACGUACCUCGUUACCAGCGUUGGACCAAAUUCCUCCUAUGGCAAGAUCAUGCUUUCACUCCAGACUUCAAAUGAUCCUACACCACUUCAAGUCAAGCUAGGAAAUCUUGCAGACUGGAUUGGCGGUCUUGGAAUGGCUGCUGCCGGCAUGUUGUUUUUUGCGCUUCUCUUCCGAUUCUUGGCCCAGCUACCGGAUAACCACCACUCGCCUGCCAUGAAAGGCAAAGAAUUCUUGGAUAUUCUUAUUGUUGCCGUUACUGUUAUUGUUGUUGCAAUCCCGGAGGGUCUACCACUCGCCGUUACACUGGCGCUUGCAUUUGCUACAAGUCGAAUGGUGAAGGAGAACAACCUUGUUCGAAUUCUUCGCGCUUGUGAAACCAUGGGGAAUGCCACGGUUAUUUGCUCAGAUAAGACUGGCACACUGACCCAGAAUAAGAUGACUGUUGUUACAGGAACCUUUGGAAUGAAAGACACAUUUGAUCGUACCCCAGAAGCCGAGGGCGAGGGUCCAUCUGCCGUUACUCAGAUGUUCAAUGAAGCUUCAACUGCUGCCCGUGAUCUGGUGAUGAAAGGUAUUGCUCUUAACUCUACUGCCUUUGAAGGCGAAGAGAACGGAGAGAAGACAUUCAUUGGAAGCAAAACGGAAGUGGCUAUGUUGCACCUUGCCCAAAGAUACCUUGGAUUGAGCUUGACUGAGGAGCGUGCCAGCGCUGAAAUCGCACAGCUUGUUCCCUUUGAUUCCGCUCGCAAGUGCAUGGGGGUUGUUAUUCGCCAGCCAGACGGAACAUUUCGACUACUCGUUAAGGGUGCCGCCGAGAUCAUGUUAUACCAGUCAAGCAGGGUUAUCUCAGGAUUAUCCACGCCUCAACUCGAAUCCAGCGUUCUCUCGCCCAAGGCCAAAUCUGAUAUCCUUGAUACGAUCAACUCGUACGCAAAACGCUCCCUGAGAUCCAUUGGCAUGGUCUAUAAGGACUUUGAAUGCUGGCCGCCGCAAGGUGCUAAGACCAUGGAGGAGGAUAAGUCUUCUGCCGAAUUCAACGACGUUUUCAAUAACAUGACAUGGGUUGGUGUCGUUGGAAUUCAGGACCCUCUCCGAGAUGAAGUUCCUGGAGCCAUUCAGAAGUGUAACAAGGCUGGUGUUGGCGUGAAAAUGGUUACAGGUGACAACCUGACUACUGCUGUGGCCAUCGCAACGGAAUGUGGCAUCAAGACCCCUGAUGGUAUUGCUAUGGAAGGCCCUAAGUUCAGACAACUCUCUGACAAGGAAAUGGAUCGUAUCCUUCCAAACUUGCAAGUCCUGGCCCGUUCCUCACCUGAAGACAAACGUAUCCUCGUUACUCGCCUUAAGCAUCUUGGAGAAACUGUUGCUGUGACAGGCGACGGUACCAACGAUGGCCCUGCACUUAAGGCUGCUGAUGUUGGUUUUUCUAUGGGCAUUGCGGGAACCGAAGUUGCAAAGGAAGCCAGUUCUAUUAUCCUUUUGGAUGAUAACUUCAAGUCUAUUGUGACUGCGAUCUCAUGGGGAAGAGCUGUAAACGAUGCUGUUGCAAAGUUUUUGCAGUUCCAAAUCACUGUCAACAUUACCGCUGUUGUACUGACCUUCGUUUCGUCUCUCGCUAAUUCAAAUGGAAAGAGUGUUCUGAAUGCUGUUCAACUUCUCUGGGUUAAUCUUAUCAUGGAUACUUUUGCUGCCCUCGCACUCGCCACUGAUGCCCCUACCGAAAAAAUUCUUGACCGCAAGCCAUCUCCAAAGUCAGCUCCCCUUUUCACCAUAACUAUGUGGAAGAUGAUCAUUGGGCAAGCCAUCUACCAACUCGUUGUAACGCUGGUGCUAUUUUUCGCCGGAGCCAAGAUAUUUGGAUACGAUCUCGAGAACGACCCUAGCGGAUUACUCGCUGCUCAGAUGGACACAAUCGUCUUCAACACGUUCGUUUGGAUGCAAAUCUUUAAUGAGUUUAACAACCGUCGCCUUGACAACAAAUUCAACAUCUUCGAGGGCAUGUUCAAAAACUAUUUCUUCCUGGGCAUCAACGCCAUUAUGGUCGGUGGCCAAAUCAUGAUCAUUUUCGUCGGCGGUGCGGCUAUUGGGGUUAAAGCUCUUACCGCAGUACAAUGGGCAAUCUGUAUCGGAGCGGCCUUGCCUUGUCUCCUGUGGGCCGUGAUCGUCCGUUGUCUCCCUGACAGGCACUUCGAGGUCGUUAUGAACUUGGUCAUUACCGCCUUCAACUUUUUCUGGAAGCCGAUUGCAAAGGUUUUCCGCGCCAUCUUCACACCAAUUGCUAAGGCUUUCCGCCGGGUUUUUGUUCACAAGAAGAGCAAGCCCAAGACAGAAGAGGAACUGGCCGAAGAGUCAUGUGAAAACAGGCCACGAGACGAAGAGACCGCUGAUAUUGAGAAGCAGGCAGAUACUGCGUCCCAUCCCGUUGCCCCCCCUACUAUCGUCCCUCCACCAAUUACCCUCACAGCACCCAGCUAA